ACUGUCCUCUCCUCGGUGAGGGUGGAGUGCCCGCAUGAAGGCUGUGGGCUCUACGUCACUUACCACAAGCUCGCUGAUCACCAGAGCGUGUGUCCGCUCGCGCCCUGCAAAUGCCCCGUGACCGUUUGCGGCUACAAAGGCCCGCUGCCGGCGCUCUCCCACCACAUCAGCACCGUGCAUCCCAUGCCCGUGCACAGGAUCCAGUACGGCAAGGUGCUCCAGCUUCAAGUGCCACUAUCAGAGCCACGGCUCUUGCUGUUCACGGAGGAGGACGGCCGCGCGUUUUUCUUGGUCAGCGGCGUGCUCGACAUCAGCGUGCCUAUCGCCGUGUUGGUCGUCUGCAUCAGAGCAGGGUCGUCCCCACUUCCGCACUAUGUGGCCAAGCUGUGGGCGAAUGGCCCACCGGGGGAGCCCAAAGGCAGGACCGACGCCCUCAAGGUGGAAAUGGAGGUGACAAGCAGCAAGGAUCCCGACGACGUCACCGUGCAGGAGCUGACCUUCUUCACAGUUCCGCCCAAGCUGCUGGCCGGGGCUAAGCUGGUGUCCCUCCACAUUCAGAUUGACAAG